GGACAUUUGCUCAAGUGCCGCAUGUGUGUGUGUGUGUGCUACAACGAAGAGGAAUGGCUGAUCACUUCAAUUAUUUUCGCUUCUUUUUCUACUGGCAUGCGGACGUCGAGCCGACAGAGGACUUUCAACGAACUGCGCCGCUCAAUGCUGCAAAUGUUGGGAAAACCCGAAAUGCUGGUCUCCGUGGUGGCUCUUAGCUUGAUGUGCACCACCUUGUGGACAGAGGCUAAAGGAACACAUGGCAGUGAUGACUAUGAUGACGACUCCUACUUUGCAAUAGGGUUCAGUGAGCAGAGAGAGCUUGGUAAACUUGCACGCCAACAACAGAUACUCCAAGCUGUGCGUCCCACGGUACACAAAAUCCGCAAACGGUUUGACGAAGUACGCCAGCUAGAGUCAGAACUGACAAGCACGAAGAACAGUUUGAUUUCGCUGAUUGACCGAACAAUCGACUUUCCAGAACGUGUGAGGGUCGGUCAGCAAUACACUCAUCUUGAGCAUUCACUCGACGAAACUCACAAAACGGUGGAACAUUUCGCUCGGCCCUCGUUUCUAGGAGCGACAACGUAAACAUCCGUUUUCCGUGCUUCUUCCAUUGCUACUGGUCGGCAAUUGAACAGACGAAGCGGCGGCAACCUGCUACAUGACAGUGGCCGAAACUAUGAAGCCGCUGUGAUUAUUCUGUUCUACUGAAGCUUAUCCUUGGAGUUUGCCCGAUGUCAGUAGCAGAGGUGGGGAAAUUACUUGUAUUUUGUAAUGCAUUACCAUUACUCAUUACUUUUCGAAGUUAGUAAUGCAUUAGUAAUGCCAUUACGUUAACGAAGUAAUGGCAUUACUCUGGCAUUACAUUAACGUUUUAAGGCAUAAGCCUCAAACGUGCCAUGCAUAAGUUUCCGUCCUUUAUUUUUGUUUGUUUGUUUUUGUUAUAGGCAAUAGCCACCGGGGUAUCCCACAAAUCGGAGGCACUAAUUCCCUGCAGAAACGAGGCUGAUAGGCAAAAACUAUAGAUAAGAUUUAUUGCAGCGUAGUAGCAGUUGAUGCUCAAAGUUGAUGUCAUCCGCUAGCCUUGCCCGCUUCGGCGACAGGACGUCUUUUACCAUACUUUACACUCGUUCAGCGGAACUGGAUGACGGAAUUUUCAUGUUGUAUUGCACAAACUAGCUCGAUAUACGCACUAAAUUCGUCCCACGAAUGGGACAGGUCUUCACCCGCCGGCUCCAUGAUGCCUUUCACUAUGCCCCCCCCCCCCCAGCUCUACAACCAAUUAUAUGUCCUGGCAGAAAAACGACCUCUGACAGCACAAGAGACACUAACACGGUACCAUACCAAAACAUAGAAUCACUAGUGGACUUGUCACUUGUUACCAUAAUAGAGGCUAUGUUUAUGUUUCGUUGAUUCUCCUUUACCCUAAAUGCGUACAGCAGAAAAUCGGUCAUACAAUCAUGUGGACACUUGUGACACACACCGCCGACUGUUGAACUCUGAAUUUGAUUGUCGAAUUCCUCAGGCUGGGCCGUUCUCUUUUGUUGCCCUGAGCACAUUGUUAAAGCUGGGUUGAAAAAAACCUGGAUGUUUCCGAAAGUAAUGAGUAGUGUAACCUUGCAUUACUCAGUCGAAAUGUAAUGCAUUACCCUUACUCAUUACUUUCUGGCAAAAUGUCAUUCCUUACCGUUACUCAUUACUUUGUAAUGCAUUACUCCCCACCUCUGGUCAGCAGUUAGGAAAAUAAAGUACUCUUUGCGUUCA